AUGGAUAAUUAUAUUGGAGGGGAUGCUAAUUCAUCUAAAUCAGAAUCUGAAACGAUGGAUGGUGUUAUAGUCACUAUUCUCGGCGCAUACAACCGUGGGAAAUCAUUUUUACGUGCUACUGAUCAAAUAUAUAUUAAACAGAUAUUGAAGUAUUGUAAAAGUACUAAUAAAAAAACUGGUAUUAUAAUUGUUCAUAAUUUGCUCGAUUUGUCAACAGUUCACGAUGUCACAACAAUAAUAGAGGAAGAAGUAAAAUCUGUUUUUGAGGCUACAGAAGAUGAGAUGCAAAUAUCAGUGAAUGGUAGCCAUAGAACAAUCAGGUUUUUCAAAUCAAUACAGGAAGGCAUUCAUUUACGCUAUUUCAUUUUGGCAAAAGCUGAAUCUGAAUCGGAAGCGGCCAAAAGGUGGAAUACUCAAUCAUUUGAUGGUGUCAUGAAUAUUUUUCAAGCAUCUUCGGAAUAUAAACGUCAUCUAGAUAUUAUUAGCAGCAUGAUUAAUUUUAUCAAUGACAAGCUACCACAGCUGCUGCUUCGAGACAAUUCUGAAAAUAGCAACCCUCAGCAGAGUCUACAGAUUGUACAAUAUAAUAAUCAACCAUAUAUUGUUCUUUCUGACCGAAAAGACCUUGAAGAUCUCAAACAAGACUCGCCGUAUAAAUUGGAACUAGUGAAACCAAUCGUGUAUGAUGAUUCGGGCUAUUUCAUUAGACAUGAAAGUAGUCAUUGGCAACCACGUCAUAAUCUUUACGGGAAUGAAGAUCACAUUUGCGCAAUUUUUGAACUUCCAGGUGUUAAACAAAAAGAUGUAAAAAACCUGAAGAUUAGAGAGAAUUCAAUUUUCAUUGAAGGUAUUCGUAGCGAUUUAAAGAUGUCACCGACUUAUGUUGUCCUUCAUCAAUCUGAAAUACCAAGUGGUUCUUUUAAAUUAGAAAUUCCUUUGCCACGUGCGGUUGAUCUUGACAGUGCAGAAGCUGAGAGAGAGAGAGAUAAGGAUAGAACAGAAAGAAGCAAAGCACAAAAGAACACUACACAGUUGAUAGAAUCGAACACUUGA